GACGCGGCCGCUCAUUAACGGUCCCGCAGCAGCAAUGGCCGCCUUCAGGAGACUGUCGUCGCUACAGCGCUGGUGCCCCGGCCCUGGGCGACCCGGCCCGCAGCCAGGGGGCGAGUGGCGGCCGAUGCUGAUACCGAUGCCGGCUGCGGCUGGGAGGCGAGGGCUCUGGGUGGCGGUGGCGUGCGGCGCGGCGGCGGCGGCGGCCACCGCCUCUUGGUGCUGCUACGACGCGGAGACGGAGGCUGGGAGCAGGAGGUGGGCUCUGCCCUCCGCUGAUGUGCCGCUGCCGGUGCCGGUGGUGAAAGCCAAGGGAAAGGCCAAGAAUACAAUAGAAGAAACUGAUUUUGAAGAUGUAGAACUGUAUGUUUCUUCCCAGGAACAAAGAUUUAGACUGUUUACGUCAUUGGAAUAUGAUGGGCAACUUUUCAUGACCCCACAGGACUUUAUUGAAUCUGUCACAACAGAUGAACCAAGAAGGUUGAAGCCUCGGAGAUCACUCUCAAGGCAGGAUUUAGAAAAUAUGCUUACAGAAACUCCACCAGUAUGGAAGGGCUCUUCAAGAUUCUUUAGAACUUUGCGUGAUAAAGGUCUGAUUGCCUACACCGAAUAUUUGUUUCUUUUGUGCAUACUAACAAAGCCUCAUGCAGGUUUUAAAAUAGCUUUCAACAUGUUUGACACUGAUGGCAAUGAAAUGGUGGAUAAGAAGGAGUUCUUAGUGCUUCAGGAAAUUUUCAGAAAGAAAAAUGAGAAAAGAGGAAUAAGAGGUGAUGAUGAAGAGAAGUCUGCACAAGUGAAUCUGCAACUUUUUGGUUAUCAAUAUGCUCCUGCUUUCAGUGUGUUAAAAAAAGAUUGCCCAGAUCAUGCCACAGAUCGAAGUUACUGGGAUACAUUGAGGCGUAACACCAGCCAAGCACUCUUUGCAGAUCUUGCAGAGCGUGCAGAGGAGAGCUUUCUUGUAGAUACCACAUUACUUGUUCAUUUUUUUGGAAGGAAAGGAAAGGCUGAGCUGAAUUUCGAUGACUUUUACAAAUUCAUGGACAAUAUACAGACUGAAAUUUUGGAAACUGAAUUCCUUUCAUACUCUAAAGGAAUGACCACAAUCAGUGAAGAGGAUUUUGCUCGUACUCUAUUACGCUAUACAAAUGUAGAUAACAUAGGCAAUUAUCUGGAGUCUGUUCGUCAAAGGAUUCCUGAUGAAAAGGGGAUCACUUUUGAUGAAUUCAGAUCUUUUUUUCAAUUUUUGAAUAACUUGGAGGACUUUGCCAUUGCAAUGCAGAUGUAUAAUUUCGCAAAUCGAUCAAUUGGGCAAGAUGAGUUUAAGCGUGCUGUAUAUGUGGCCACAAGCCUCAAACUUUCUUCUCAUUUGGUGAACACAAUCUUCAAAAUCUUUGAUGUAGACAAAGAUGAUCAACUAAGUUACAAGGAAUUCAUUGGUGUUAUGAAAGAUCGACUACACAGAGGAUUUAGGGGCUACAAAUCUUCACAAGGAUACCCCAGUUUUAAAGUCUGCCUAAAAAAAGAGUUUGUCCGCAGAUAAGUGUUCAAACGGCUGGUAGUAAAAAUGAUUGCAAAUGUGUACAUAAAAAGAAGGCAAUACCGGAAACAACUGAGAAGACAAUAUAAAGCAUGUUUCUUUUAAUGAUGUUGAUUGUCCCAGAAAACCCAUACUCAAGGUUGAAUGAUACUUGGCAAUCUAUGCAAAGAAGCCUAAUUACCCUUAUACCCCUAUUUGAACUGUACAAUUAUUUGGAAAACUUUACUGCAUUGCGCCUAUUCAAUGCACUGCUCAAAUAGAUCAAUGGUUUUCUUUUAAAUGCUUAAAUAAGAGUUAAAAUUACAAGCAUGUGUGAUCACAAACCUUUGUUAUGUCUUAUGCUGGUGCUUUAGUGUUACUGAUGUAUAGAAUAUAAAAUAAGUAGACAAAGAUAGAAGUCGAGUAGAAAAACAUAAUAUGAAUGAGCAAGAUAUAAUAUAUCAUUGAACACUUUGAUUUUAUAGAUGGCAUCAAAAGGUCAUUAAAUAUAUAACGACAAAGUAGACUGAGCAUUAAUCAUAAAAUGUAUUUUGUUGUGUUGAUGAAAAACCUAGGCUAGUUAAUUUCUAGAGUGAACGGUAUUCAAAAUCUAAAUUAUUUAGAAUUUAAUUUGUAAGGAAAAAAGCAUGGGUACAUUCAAAGGGAAUCCAGAAAAUUUGCACGAGUGUAACAUAAACAUUGGUAUAGACCUCCUUGGUCUGUAUUGUUAUGCUUGAUCCUGCGUGGUUUAUAUAAACAAAUCUGGCAUGGACACAUUAGUUUAAAUGGGAACAUUGCACAUAUCUGAAGAAAGCCUGUUAAUUGUCAUUAUUACUUGUAGAAUGAUUAUAUUGUCACCUACUAAGCACACUUUUCCCCCCUGAAAAUAAGCUGUAUUUAUUUUGACCUAUUUAUUGUAUCACAAUUUAUUUAUAUUCUUCCUAUCAGUUUUUCGUACUAUAUAAUUAAGCAGCAUCCACGUAUAUUUAUAAAAUUAAACUGAGUUGCUACAGUUAUCAGUUACAAUUAGUUUCAGUGGUUUAAAAGCAGUUGAACAAACGUAAAUACUGAUGCCUAUGAGAGAAAUUACAAUUAUUCGGCACUUUAUUUUCAAAAGUCAGCACUGGGUUUGGUCAUUUGCGAAAUGCCUAUUUCAAUGACAAUAAAGUUAUCAAGAACAA